CGGACGUGGACUGCGACGUGGUUUUCUCUGUUACCACAAUGUCGCAUUCUCAUAGCCACGCUCCCGGCGAAUCUCAUUCUCAUAGUCACGGAGAUGAAUCUCAUUCUCAUAAUCAUGGACCCCAGCAAGUGGCCAUGCCGACGGCCGAUCCUGCAUUACAGGCCCUCAUUGACGCCGACUUCAAACCAGUCAAUCUAGAAGUUCUUCACGAUAUUCCUUCUGUAGUUUGUGAACCCCACAAACUCGAAAAAUGCAAGGAAUGUGACCAUGAUUACACUAACCUCAAUCGUCUCGCAAAACUCCUCCAUCAACACCCUACUUUGACUGCUCCGCCUCCUGCGAACGUCGUUUCGAAAAACCUAUCCAUUGCAAUAAAUACCACGAAAGAGGAAGGAAACCAACUCUAUAAACUUGGACAACACACUCAGGCGAUAGGUCGUUACACGAUGGCAGCUUCUAUUGCAGUGCAAAGGCCUCCUUGGGAAGCCAAUCAAUUUAUGCGAGAAGAGCUUUCCGCCAUCAUUUCAAACCGUUCUGCAGCUUACUGCGAGUCUCGCGAUUACAUCUCUGCACUUGCCGAUGCAGACACUGUCAUCAUAAUACGUAGGAACUGGAGCAAGGGCCACUUCAGGAAAGGAAAAGCACUUAUGGGACUUGACCGGCCCACUGAUGCAAGAGAUGCUUUGCAAGUUGGUUUAGCGUUUGAGCCCAACAACGCGGAGCUCAAUGCUUUUCUUGCGGACGUAGAGAAGGCGAUCGAAAAACAAAAAUUAUCGACUCCGUUUAAGGAGGAGCCGGUGUCACCUCCACCAGCAUAGUACUACUUUGGGUUGUUGGACUAUGGGAGAUUAUGGAGAUUUAUAAAUAUGCCAAUUGUGGAUGCACGAGAUCUCUUUCCCGUCUGAUGCAUAUGAAGGCGUACGGUGUGGAAAGUUGAGUUGUACACUCUGGAAUUAAGUAACGCACUCUGAAACAC